UAUCUGUUGUGUUGCAGCCAUGGAACUUGUAGGGAAGACUCGGCGUGUGUUGGUGGGAGUGCUCGCUCAAGCCUUCUACACUCUUGGUUACUUCAGUGCUGCACUGCUGGCCUGGUCUAUACACUCCUGGAGGUGGUUACAAGUUGCUAUGACCCUUCCUGCCUUGUUCUUCAUACCAUACUACUGGCUCAUCCCAGAGUCAAGUCGGUGGCUCAUCAGCCAGGGCAGGACUGCUGAAGCCAGACUCAUCCUCCAGCACGCUGCCAACCUCAACGGUAAGACGGUGAGUCACUCAUUUUACUCAAACAUACUGGGACUACCAACAACGAUGGUGUCUUCCCCAGGCCGUAACUUUCUGGACCUCUUCAGACAUCCCAAACCUGCCGCAAGAAAAACCCUCACCAUCUUCUUUAACUGGUUCGUCAACAGUGGUGUGUACUACGGUCUCUCCCUCAACACUGGUAACCUGGGAGGCAACGCCUACCUCAACUUCGUUAUCAGCGGAGCUGUGGAGCUGCCAGCACUUGCCAUCACCAUCCUCCUCCUAGACCGUGUGGGUAGACGCAUCCCACUUUGUUUCUUCCUGGUGAUGGGAGGCUUGGUGCUCGUCUCAACCAUGUUCAUCCCUAAAGAUUUGUCCUGGCUACUGAUCACACUGGCCAUGGCGGGGAAGAUGUGUAUCACUGCUUCCUAUGCCAUUAUCUACAUGCUCACAGCCGAGAUUUUCCCAACUGUGGUGAGGAAUGUUGGUGUAGGUUCCUCGUCCAUGGUGGCUCGGGUGGGCGGUGCUCUGGCUCCAUACGUCAACCUGCUGGGUGAUCGAUGGAAGCCUCUGCCCCCUGCUGAUAUUUGGUUCACGGUCAGUCAUGCUGGACUAAUCUGGUUGGAAGCUGAAGAUAAUGAAAUGAAGAAUGAUAUGAAGCUGCUACAAGCUCUUGCUGACAACCAGGACAGUCCUCACCAGGACAGUCCUCACCAGGACAGUCCUCACCAGGACAGCCCUCACCAGGACAGUCCUCACCAGGACAGUCCUCAACAGGACAGUCCUCACCAGGACAGUCCUCACCAGGACAGCCCUCACCAGGACAGUCCUCACCAGGACAGUCCUCACCAGGACAGUCCUCACCAGGACAGUCCUCACCAGGACAGUCCUCAACAGGACAGUCCUCACCAGAACAGUCCUCACCAGGACAGCCCUCACCAGGACAGUCCUCACCAGGACAGUCCUCACCAGGACAGUCCUCACCAGGACAGCCCUCAACAGGACAGUCCUCACCAGGACAGCCCUCACCAGGACAGUCCUCACCAGGACAGUCCUCACCAGGACAGUCCUCACCAGGACAGCCCUCACCAGGAAACAUCAACCACAGCAGAUGCUCAAAUUCAGAAGGAAGAUCACAGUAUAAAAGUGCCAGAGGGAAGCUCUUUAGAAAAUAAAAAUUUCAUUGCUGUAUAA